AUGACUCAAUAUGGCCUAAAUAAAAGCGCAUUCUUUGCAGAGGAGUGUCAAGAUGAGAUACAUGCACUGAAACUAGCUAAUAAAAAUAAUGAUAUAAGUGACAGGGGCACGAGGCCACUUCUGUCAUGGAAAGCAUUACCUGUUCCAAUUAGUGUUCAAAUCAAUGCCUCAUUUCUGCAACAACUGAGAACACCUUUGCCUAAGCUAAGCGUUCAGCAACACCAAGACGACAUCACGCAUUCGACGAUGGCUUUGUUCGACAGCAAUAGCUAUAAACAAAGCCCUAAUACUAAAAACUUUUAUAAGGAAAGAAUCACUGAUCAAGAGCACGCUCAGAUCAAUGAACGGAUCACCCUUCAACAGCGUCAAUUUGCGAAUCAUGAAUUGAGAGAAAAGAUCAGAAUAUACAGCGCCAUUCGAGAGGUGUUUGACUACCUCAGUGAUGAGGAAAUUAGUGACAUUUUGAAAAAAUGCGAAAAUAACGAGGAAAAGGCAAUCUGUCGGCUAUCAGAGCCUGGCACCUUGGCUCAGCUUCGAAAGGAUAUUGCCCUGAGGUACAACAAAGAGGAAACAUCCUACGUCCCACUGAACAAACCAGGGCAAAUUCCAGUCCAAAAAGCAUCAAAGCAAGCAUGUACAAAAAAGAGACAACCCCGUACGAAACUUGGAUUGGAUGCAGCAUUGAAGCAAAUCACCAACCCUAAAUCAAAGAUGGCAUUUGAGGGAUGGUCCGAAGCUCGAAUUAGAUCGUUUAAAAUGAUUGAAAAGAACCCAAACAGCUACUAUUACCGAUUCAAUGAACCAGGCGAAGAGCAGAAGAGAGGCCCCUGGACAGAGGAUGAAAAGAAACUAUUCAUUGAUCGACUUAAAGUAAUGGGCACAGAAGGACAAUGGGGGCUAUUCUCAAAAGGUAUUCCAGGCAGAGUCGGAUAUCAGUGCUCCAACUACUAUCGAUUUCUGAUUGAAACGAAGCAGUUGCAAGACGCCAAUUAUGUGAUUGCACCGAAUGGAAAACCACUAUACACAUUUGAAAAGAAACUGGAAGAUGGAACAACUGAGAAGCGAUUGAGAACACACAACAAAAGCCUCAAUCAAAAUUACACUAGUGAGAGCCAUGCAGUACUAUCAAACACAGCUCUUUCGGACGACAAGCUAAACAAAUCCACCAAAAGAAAGACAUCCAAUUGCAAAGGCACUGCGAAAAGAGCUCGUCGUCGUCAUCGACUGACCAUGAGCAAUGACUCGAGCAGUGAUAGCGAGAUUGAGAGUUACGAUAACGAUGCUUCUGGCAACUUCGUGCCUCGCAACUACUAUAGAACUCGUGCCGACAAAGUGCAAAGCGAGAAAUACAAACAAACAAGAUGUUUGUCUACCAAAGAGUGCCAUGAGUCAAACGACCCUGCUGCCACGCAAGAUGUGGCAUCCGCAAAUGAAUCUGAGUGCCUUCUUCCUGGAUUCAUCGAUCCCAUCACAUUGGAUCAGGUAGAGAAGCCAGCCAUUUCAAAAUAUGGUCAUAUUAUGGGAUAUGAUACUUGGUUGCGCUGCUUGAGUAACUGGCAAGGUGAAUCAGCAAAGAAUGUGUGCCCUAUUACUAAGCAAAGACUCACAAAACGGGAUCUAGUCCUUUUAACCUCUGAAAACCUGCAUUUAUAUAAAGACAAAAUCUUCAAUCUGUAA